AUGGUGGUCGGGGGCGCAGUAAUCGACUCGCCCGGUAGCGGGCGGCGUGCGCGAGAGGGGGCGGGCGGGGGCGGCCCAGGGGGCGUAGGCGGCCCAGGGGGCGUAGGGGGCGGUGGUGGUGGUCGGAAGGAGGACCUGCUCGAGGCCGAGCUGAAGAAGCACGCGCGCGACGAGGAGGAGCGGCGGGGCCGUGAAGAGGAGCGCCGGCGGCGGCGCGAGGAGCGCAUGCGUCAGUUCGAGGAGGAGCAGAAGCGUGCCGAGGAGGAGCGCCAGCGGCGCAUGGAGGAGCGGCGCAAGCGGCGCGAAGAGCGGCGGCAGCGCGAGGAGCGGGAGGAGCUGGAGCGGCGCGAGCGCGAGAAGGAGCGGCGCGAGUGGCUGCAGCGCAAGCAGGAGAAGGAGCGGCUGCUCGAGCUCGAGCGCGAGCUGGGCCGCGCGCAGGCGCACCACCACCCGGGCACGGCGCGGCUCACGGAGAAGCGGCGCGAGCGCGACACCGCCGCCUCGGCCGUGGUGGACGACGGCGAGCUGGUGCGGAUGGACCGCGAGAUCGAGCAGCUCGAGCGCGAGAUGGAGGCCGAGCUCAAGCGCGAGCGCGACAAGGAGCUCGAGAUCCGGCGGCUCAACGACGAGAUCGAGCAGAUGGAGCGCGAGAUGGAGCGCGACCGGCAGAAGCGCGAAGGCGGCGCCGGCGCCGGUGCCGCGUCGUCGUCAUCCGAUCAGACACUCCCGCACAUGAACGAAGACGAGUCGGGCAGCAUCACGCCCCGAUCCCUGCAGAGACUGCACGAUUUGCGCUUCCCCAAAGUUCAGGCCUUGGCGGACUUCAGCGCGUUCGACGACGAGCUGGAGCUGUCGUUCAAGAAGGGCGACGUCAUCACCUUCCGCGGCGGCGACGAGAGCGGCUGGGCUCAAGGUACACCCCCUCCCCACCACAUUCCUCACAUGCCGCCGCGGUGUGGCGAGCAUCCGCUGUUCUACAACCUGGCGCCGGAGUCGCUCGAGGUGGUGGACCUGAUGCGACGCGCCAAGCAGCUGGAGCCCGGCCGCAAGGGCUCCUCCGCCAGGAGGCGAAGCCAAAAGCACGGCAGCGCCCGCGACUCAAGCUGA